GCCCCGGCCCCGGCAGUAUCUCCCCCCCCCUACUGCUCCCCGACCUCUCCCUCUUUCUUGAAUUAGCCAUGUCCGACUCCACCGACAGCCAGAAGACCCCCCUUUCUCCCGAGGCCGCCUCCUCCUUCCAGGUGACCUCGUCCCCGCUGAUGGCCUCUGCUUUCUACAUCGGCGAGUACUGCAUGCAGCAGAACACCAAGUUCAUGACCUGCCACGAGAACAACCCCAACAUUGCCGUCGACAAGUGCAUCGACGAGAGUGUCGAGGUUGUCAAGUGUGCCUCCGAGAUCAUGAACAAGGUCAACGCCUACUGCUCGGACGAGUUCUUCCGCUACUGGAAGUGCAUCGACCUUAACAACCAGUCCUUCCGCUACUGCCGCCAGGAGCAGAACGUCCUCGACACCUGCAUGUUCCAGAGCAUGGGCAUCGGCAAGGCUCGCCUUGACGCCGCCGAGGCCGGUGAGCUCCCCAGCACCCGCAAGCUCCGCAACUAAAGGGCGCCAGACCUUUCCUUCCCUUUUCCUCCCCCCCCCCUCCCCAUACGCGCGCGUGGACGGACAUGCAGUGCUUCUCCCUUCCCCUUCUUUCCUCCCUCGAGCGGGUCUCAGCCAGAGCGAGCGCCGUGCCCUCUGCUGUCUCUCCCCUCUUUUCAGACGCCUGGCCGUCGGCCCCCACCCUCUCUCCCCCCUCCUCGCUCGCGCCUCGCGCAAGCCUGCUAGACACUGGGUUCCGAGCGUGAUCUCCCCUUUUCAAACACCACCAUUCGUGCCGAGG